AAACGAGGAGUGGAGGAGGGAAUAUAAACAGCCAGACAAGCUGAAACACUCACACACACCCACACUGAGUUGUUUUACUGAAAUACAGAAGCCAUGCUGUCUACUAUACUUCUAGGAGUGCUAGUUAUUCUUGUGCUAUAUAUCCUAUCUACAUGGAGAAAGAUGCAGAAUCUGCCCCCUGGGCCAACGCCAUGGCCCGUUAUUGGGAACAUACACCAGAUUAAUAAACUGGCCCCCUAUGAAACAUUUACACAGGUAAGCUGCUGCGUGAGCCACAGAGUUUAAUUUUGCAAGGUCUUGUUGGCACAUUAAAUGUUCUGCAGGGUUUCGUAUAUGCACUUUAUUCAUUCUGCAGGAUUUAAAACAAACAUCAUAAAUGUUCUGCAGAGUUUAAUGCAUGGAUUUAUUAGCCCCCCCACCCUUGCAUUCCACCCUUUUGAGUCUCAUUCUCCCCUUUCUGUGUCUCUUAGUUCUAGACGUCUGUCAUUUACUCACCCCUUCUGUGUCUCUUACUACCCCCCUUUGUGUCUCUUACUCCCCCCUGUGCCUCUUGUUCUCCCCCUUCUGAGUCUCUUUCUCCCCUACUUCUGUGUCUUUUAGUCUUUCCAUUCCAUAUUUCUUAUUCCCCUUCUGAGUUUCUUACUCCCCGUGUCUUUUAGUCUUCCCAUUCCGUGUUUCUUAUUCCCCCCUUCUGAGUUUCUUACUCCCCCCCUUCUGUGUCUUUUAGUCUUCCCAUUCCGUGUUUCUUAUUCCCCCUUCUGAGUCUCUUACUCCCCCGCAUGCUGUGUCACUCACUCUCCUGUCUCUCUUCCCUCCCUUCAGGUGUCUUUUACUGUGCCCCUUUUGUUGCUCCCCCCCUUUUAAUGUCUCUUUAUACUUUUGUGGCUCUCAACCCCUAAUGCAAUGUGCCCUUGCGGGCCAAGGUAGAAGAUCUGUAUCGUCUACCCAUUCUGACAAGUUGCUGUUCGCUGCUUAUACCCACUGCCUCAAGUCCCUGUCAGACCAGGUGGAGUAUAAAGAAGAUCAUCUACCUCGGUCUGCGAGGGCAUGCAACACGGACAUUGGGUCACCUAGCCAGUGUACCCUAGGGCUGCUGCCUGUAGCACUUUAUGGUGCUGGUGUCUAUCAAAAUCACCUACCCCGUAAGACGAGGCCACACAGGAAGUGAUGCCGAAUCAGCUGGAUGUCUGCUUACCCAUGUGGGCUGCCUGCGCCCCACCAAGAGGGAUGGUAUCCUUACUGAUCCAGCGCAUGUGCAUUAGCAACAUCAAAAUACCUUACCCUGUACUGCACAUGCUUUCGACACAGCUGAUGUUGAUGCAUCCAUACUAAUAGCGUGAGAAAACCCGACACCGCAAAUGUGCAUUAGUGAUGUCAUGUGCACAAGCCCGCGGUCGGCGCCACUCUGGCGCACACAUAACAUCACGGCACCCAAACACAUGCUGUGCAUGCAAAGAUCCCAUAACCCCCUUCUGGUGGGGUGCAGGCGGCCCACACAGGUAAGCCGCCAUCCACCUGAUUUGACAAGGGUAGGGGAUCUUUAUAGGGUACGGGAUUUUGAUUGAACACUGGCACUGCCUACUGGAUUGAAUAAUGGCACUAUAAACAUUCUGUAAAAAAAAAUUGGCACUAGGACAAUGUAUACUUUAUUAAUCUGAUUUUUAAUCCAAAGUUUGACUCCCCGUCUCCCAAGCAAGAUCUUCUGUUGGCUCUCCUGAACUAACAUCUGAAACGCAGGGAUUAGCCCAGAUAGAGAGUUUCUAAAUCUCCAUGGAAAGUAGUGUAGGUGGGGACUGGCAGGCCCCUGGUAUGAAGUCAAUCUGUUCUAACAUGUUUUGACUCUUUACAAAGGGGGCGGCCAAGUUAUUCCUUCCACCAUAAUCAAUACAGCCAUUAUGAAAAACAAAUGAGUGAAUGAAUAUCAAUUCUUCCACCAGUCAGACGUCGCUAAAAAAAAGACAACUGCUAUCUAAAUAUUUUAUAAAUAAGUAAAUGAACACUGCAUGUUGAGUAUUUAAUGAAAGUAAACAGGACCAGAUCUGGGUUUUGUUGCCAUUUAUAGUGAAUAAUAAAUAGCAAUUAUGUGUUUCUGUUAAUGUGAAUGAAUGAGAAUGAGAAGAUUAAUUUUUUGUAUCUGUCAGUAAAAAUUAAGGAACAGGACCACACUGAGUUUCUAUUCUAAUAUUGAGUUAAAGUGCAAGACAUGGUUGAGUGUCUUUGUUGGUGUCAUUGGAAAAACAGGUCAAAUAGGAGUUUCUUUAGUAGUGUGUGGGAAUAAACCUGAGCAGAUCUGUGUUUCUUGGUUAGUGUGCAUAAAUGAAUUUAUUUUCUAUGCUAACGUGAGUAAAAGGACAGGAGUGGAUCCUAGUGUGUUGUGCGUUAGCGUGAGUGAAUGAGCAAGAAGAGAUGUGAAUUUUCCUGCUAUGCUGAGUGAAUGAAUGAGAGCAGAUCUACAUUACUCUGCUAGAGUGAAUGAAUGAGAAGUUCAAGGUGUCUCUGUUAGUGACAGUGAGUGAAUAGGAGCAGAUCAAAGUUUCUCAGUUAGUCCAGAAAUGUAGUGAAUAUUUAGGAGCUUACUUGCGUUAGGAGCUUACUUUCAAUUAGUGUGGGUUAUACAAUUCUGGCAGAGGUGUUCGUUAUUGACUGAAGAGGGGCAGUCUGGAUACAUUUCAGGCAGAUAAGCAAAGAGUUACAAUAACCAAAGCGAAAAGCAAUAGAAAAAUUUGUGCGAAGACUGCUAAUGAAAUGUCUGACAAUAUGUCUCUCUGUUUGCCAGCUGGGGAAGAAGUAUGGAGACGUGUUCACAAUCUAUUUUGGCUGGAAGCCGGUAGUGGUUCUCCAUGGGUAUGACACCCUGAAGGAUGCCCUCCUUGGGCAAGCAGAUGAUUUCAGCGGAAGAGCAAUUGUCCCAGUUUUCGAAAGAAUUGCAAAUAGAAAAGGUGCUUAUAUUCCUUUAUUACUGCAUUUUUUGUCGUGUGUUUCCCUCCUCUGAGACACCAGUGAAAACUGUACAAAUAGGCAUGUCUACGGUUGUCCAAUAGAACAUUUUAUUCCAUGAACACACGUGUAAGUGUUCUGCACCGGUACACGUGUCAUCGCAUGCAUGUGUGCUGUGGCUGGCAUGCACUAUUGCAACCUUUACCCGUCGUACUAUCACCUCUUGGCAUCGUACCAGAGUAACAAUAAAAAGUUAACGUGGAAAAUCAGUUUGUUUUUUUUCUCUUUCUUGACCUAUUGAACGAUCCGUAGAGGAGGCCGAGGACAUAAGAAAGAUUUUUGCAAAGUCACUCAUCUGUUCUUUAAUUUCUAAAUUUUAUUUUUUAACAGUUGUGCCUCUCAAUAAUUUUAGGACUGGUCUUUUCGAAUGGACCUCAUUGGCAUCAGCAAAGACGCUUCACGCUGUCAACACUGCGCGACCUGGGGAUGGGUAAACGAAGCAUUGAGGAGCGUGUAAAGGAGGAAGCCAGGUUUCUGUGGGAGUUCUUUGAGAAACAGAAAGGUAUUUUGCCUCUAAACUGUCUCCAUACAUUUAGCGUUGCUAAAAAUAAAGUGUAAUGUAAAUUUCUUUAUUCCUAAAAUAAAUGGGUGGGUAGCACCGUGCCAUGGUGAUUUUAUAGCUGUGACGUUUUUGCUAUCCCCUCUAAAUGUUCAAGGGGUACCUACCAGGUCUCCUUGCACCACAUCUGCCUCAACAAACUGCCACGUGAAUUUGGACCAUCACUGUUCUAUUAUGUUCCACCACUUUGAGGAUGUCUAGAGUUUUUCAGAAGUGCUGAAUUUUGCUCAUUUUAUCAUUGAGAAAAAGUUUUGAAAGCUACUGUUUAUCACUAGUGAUGUCCCGAAUGGUUCGCCACGAACGGUUCGCGAACGGUUCGCCACGGACUCAUCAUUGAGUAAACUUUGACCCUGUACCUCACAGUCAGCAGACACAUUCCAGCCAAUGAGCAGCAGACCCUCCCUCCCAGACCCUCCCACCUCUGGGAGGGUCUGCUGCUGAUUGGCUGGAAUGUGUCUGCUGACUGUGAGGUACAGGGUCAAAGUUUACUCAAUGAUAAGUCCGCGGCGAACCGUUCGGGACAUCACUAUUUAUCACACCUGAAGUGUGUAUAAAAUAAAACAUAUCUAGUGUAACAUUUUCUUUGAUGAAUACAAAAUAUCCUUUUUAAUCGAGUUAUUAAUAUCAAUAUACUGGCCUUUUUUUAAAAGAUCAAAAAUUAUAUUUUCUGGGAAGAUGAUGUGGAGAGCAACCGUGUUAUCCUGUUGUGAAAAAGACACAGUAGCAAUAUUCUGAAAUGUCUGUGCUCUUAGCAAGAAUGGAAGACAGGAGCAGAGCAUGGAAUGUACUAAUCAGUUUUAUACUUGAGGAUAUUUUAACAGAGGGGCUUCAUGCACUUCAAUGACCCCUUAAGGACACGUGUCGGAAAUAUUCCGUCAUGAUUCCCUAUUCCAGAAGUUGUGUCCUUAAAGGACCACUAUAGUCACUUAGACCACUUCAGCUCAAUGAAGUGGUCUGGGUGUCAGGUCCCCCAGGUUUUAACCCUGCAGCUGUAAACAUAGCAGUUUCAGAGAAACUGCUAUGUUUUCAUUCCAGGGUUAAUCCAGCCUCUGAUGGCUGUCUUCCUGAGAGCCACUAGAGGUGCUUCUGCGACGCUCAAUGUGAAAAUCUAAUUGAGCACGCAGAACGUCCAUAGGAAAGCAUUGAGUAAUGCUUUCCUAUGGGCGGUUUAAAUGCACGCACGGCUCUGGCCACACAUGCGCAUUCGGGUCCACUCGGGAGCUGACUUUGGAGGGGGAGCAGAGGUCACCAGCGCCUAGGAUGCCCCUUCAGCCCAGCGGGAAGGGGGCCCUGAGGGUUGGGGGGACAUAAGUACUAUAAGGAGUUUGUUUUCCUGGAACUAUAGUGGUCCUUAAAGGCGUUAAAAGUGUCCGACUGACAGGAAGGUAGUGUAAACGAGGUUAGGGAGAGAGAAGAGGCACAGGCUCCCCAGAGAACAAGGGACCGGGUAAUCAGGUCUAAACGCAGAUUCAAAGCCUCACACAAAAAAUAAAUAAAUCUCUCAAUUCACCCUAAAAGUUACCUCGACACCGUGGUCUAACCACUAGUGUCUACCUGAACCAACUCUCCCUACUAAAGUUAUAAAUAAGUAAAUAAACAUCUAAAAAUCAAUAACCAUAGUGGUAACAAAAAUAAAAAAGUGCUACCAAGUGCAGAGAUUAAAGAAAAAGAAAACGCUCGACGCGCAUUUUGGCAUGUUCAAAACGCCGUCGUCAGGAGCCUAACCUCGUUUACACUACCUUCCUGUCAGUCGGACACUAGGGGAACUGGAACUUAGAUGCUAGCUAGUACUCCAGACAACUGAUCCCCUGAGCACCAUUUAGUAGAUCUCCCUUUUUUCAAGUUACACUUUUUGUUUGCAGACCCUUUUUAUCCUUAGAUUGAUUAAAGUUAGGGCCUCCCUUCCUCAUUUCUUAUAUAGUGGAUCUCUCCUGAUGUUGGUUUCCCCUUGUGGGACUCUACAAAUCACCUACUCCUAUUACCUACAUAUUUUGGAGGGUUACCCCCUCGUUGGAGCUCCCCAUUAGGUGGUUACAGUGGUGCAGCUCAUGAGCCCUUGACUUGUAUCCGGACUCCUGACCUGCUUUAUUUCUCCAUUUUGUGUAUCUCUGUCAGUAGGUGGGCAUGGGGCUGGUGAGUUAACAUGGUAGGUAGCUUAUUAGGUUAACCACAGAAGCUGGCCUCUCGUUGUGGCUGCAAUAACCUGGUGGAGGGCCGUGUGGGCAUGGGAGACAGAGCUAACAUUGUCUAGGCAGCUACCUAAAUAAUAAAGACAAGAAAACAAUUGUAAAAUAUAGGCAAGCUUCGGAUUGCAUCUCAGUUGUGAGGCACAGCAAGUCCCCCUGUCCGGCACAACCGAUCUCUCUGGGCUGCGGAUCUGGAGAGCCUCCUUAAGAGUUGUAUGGGUGGUCGACAGAUGUCUUUGUUCCAGCAACAGAUAGGGAGCGACAGUCAUGAAGGGUUAGAGAGUCAGCCAAUGCCUUUAAUGGGCCAUUUUAAACAGUCUCUGUCCAGGUGAGUAUGUAGGAUGGACCGGACCACUGUGAGUUUCAGUUCCCAUUGCUUUUGUCCGUCUCCGACCUUUGCCACCUCUUUGUGCAGCAUCCAGCCCUGCUCCAGGGGGGUCCGGUGGGCUCCCUUGCUGAGUGGCUGCGGCUCUGGUCGCUAUUGCGUUGGCGUUGCUGCCAUUGUGGGCCUUGUGCUUAGUCGUCUUCUCAGGUGGGUAAUGCCGCUCUUGGGUUUUUGCAGGGCCAUUGCGCCAUGGUGGGACAGCCUUUGGCGGUGUGGCAUGGGAGUCUCUGGGUUCUUGGCCACUCUGUGCUGGCGGCGUCUGCGCCGGUGUUUGCCUGUCGCGCAAGUGAGGUGUGUGAGGCAAGCCAUGUUACUCUCCGCAACUGCACUUGUCGGACCCUGGAAUGUGUCUUCUGGUGUGGUCCCCGAAUAGGGGGUCUGCAUGAGGGCCUCUAGCUAUUUCCAGAGUGCGCUGAAGAUGCGGUUAUAACGGCGCUCAGUUUCCUUCCUGAUGUCACACUGGGCUGUGGUGAAUAAGCCUUCCGCCAUGUUGUAGGCUUUGUUAGCAGCCUCCAGGCUUCGGAGCCGUAUCGCUCUAGUGUAGCUUGGCUGGGGGUUUGAGUUGGGGUGGAUCGGGAUAUCCCCCACCGGUCCAUAGGGGGGGGAGCGAAGGCUCUGGGUCAGAUUUUCGGCCGUGUUUGGCAGCGAGAGAGAGGCCGUCUCUCCCGCGCCUGCCAUGCUGUUAGGCCUCAUCCGUGUGGCUGGUACGGACCGGGUUAAAUGUUGCUUAUCUGGUAUCUUUGAGUUUGUCCCAGUUUUCCCUUUCACUUGGUGGCCUUUGUUUAGCUUUUUAGUGUAGUUUCUGUAGCUUUAUUCGUAUUUUUCCGCUUUGAGUAGCAGGAGCUGCUGAGACUUGCAUCCUCUCAGUCCUGUGGUCAGGCCCCGCCCCGCCCCUCCUCAUACUUUUAUUAUAAAUUACAUAAAUUAUAGAUGGGGGCUCAAUGAUGCCUAUAGUUAUGAGAAAAGGUAUAAGUAUGUGUGUGGCGAAACCGGCCUCGCCACGUGUCCUUGGAGGGGGCUGCUUGCCCGCCUCUUGCCUUUGGACUAUGGACCAGACUUUAUGUGAAUGUGUUAACCCAGAUAGCUAUGCCAUGGAGCCCAUUCGUGUAGUUAAAGACUUCGCUCCAUGGCAAUUGAACUGUGUGAAUAGGAUCUGAGCGCUAUUCGGUAGUUUUGUGCGCUCAGAUCCCAGCUAUCUGGGGAUAUGUGAAAUGUCUGUGUGUUAUGUGUAAAAAGUGACUUUAUGUAUUUUAAAGUGUUUUGUGUCUUUUGCAACCAUGUGCUUAAUGGAGUCUUGUGUCUGUCCUGGGAGAUAAUUGAAUUACUUAUCUCCAGGAUAGAAGACUCUGAAACUGGUUUGGGCCAGAAAGCCAUGCUUCAUUUAGUCACAAAGGACUUUCCCUUAACUUUUGAACCCCUGGUCUGAUUCGUGCCAUUUUUUAAUAUGUUGUUCCCCUGAAUGGAUUGAUUAUGAAAAUGUAUGUUUUAUGUUUGUGACAUGUAUAUUUUAGAAGUUAUAAAUAUUGUGUAAAAACUGUAUUCCUCUGCCGGUGAUAAUGAGAUUACCCAUUGUGUUCAGUAAUCAUAUCACAUGCAGAGGGGAGGAUUUUGUGUGGGAGUGUCUGGGUGUAUUGUACGGAUUGAUUGGUUGUUUUGUAACGCCCUGUGGGCUGUACUAUGUUUGUGGAUUGGGAAUAAAAGAGACUGUAUGUGACAGUACAGAGAGUUCCUGUUUUAACCCUCAAAGUGAAGUGUCGUCUCAUUAUUGGGGGAAGGAUUUAUUGUAUGCUGUUCCAGUUUGACUGCUAGGAGAGUAAACCUAUUUGUAUGGUUCCUAUUCAACUGUCUACAGCAUUCAUAUGCUUGAGAGGAUUCAUAUGCUUCUCCGGUUCGGUGGUUGUGGUGUCUGCUGCAGUGCUUGGAGUCCUCAGGAAGCGCUAGGAGCAUUCUUUAACGGAGGUACCCAGUCGGGGUGCCAGGCGAUCCGUUACAAUGUGUUAUCCCAAAUAUUAAAAGCAAGAAUUUAGAAGUGGCAGUCAUUGCCUUAUUGUGUCUCACAGAGCACCUUCCUAAAUUCUAAAUCCCCCACAGUGAGACGCUCAUCUUGCAAAGUAUAGACAUUUGGUUUAUAUGGUCCUUGGUUUAUAAGGGGUCGUUUUCUCUUUACGCCCUUUAUUGUAGAUUGACUGUUAAUUUACUCCAGUAAUUGAUCUGCUUUGUACAUGGCUGCUAAUUUGGUUUCUUUUAUCUGUUUUCACGUUUUUUUUUUCUAUUUUCUUUGUUUAUCGCUGUAAAAGGUUAUUAACAAACUUUUAAUACGCAUGGAAUUCCAAAAUAAUUUUUAGAGAGAAUUAAACAUUUUAGGCCAAACUGUGAAAAUUCUUCAAAUCUUGUUUCAGUUUGACUGAUUUGGUGUAAAAUGUUAAAUUCACUUUGGUUCACACCACGCUGACUGUAUGCACUGGUGUCUGCCUACUAACCUUCUUUAUAAAUUGGGGGAAAAAAGGAAAAUGAAUUCUCAAAUUACUUCUCAGGAAAACCCUUUAAUCCGGCACCACAAGUAACAGCUGCGGUUUCCAACGUUAUCUGCUCCACUGUGUUUGGAGAGCGUUUUGACACCGAAGACGAGAAAUUCCAGAAGCUGCUCCGUAUGAUCAGUGAGAACAUCUCUUUCUUGGGCAAACGUGGAUUUCAGGUGAAGGAUAAUAUACCAGUGACACGUUCUUUGCCACUAACGUGCUGGGAAAAUUACACACAAGAAGAAAAGAAACAAAAAUUGUAUAAGAAAUUCUGCAAAUGUAACAUAUAUUAAAGGAACCUUCCAUUUUAGUUUUCUAUUUUUUUAAAUUGUUUAGUUAGUAGAUAUGAAGAGGAAGUUUAUAUUCCUGUGCGACCUUACCAACUCAUACUAACUAGGACGUUAUUCAUUAGCUAGUUAUACAAUAUUGAUUUUGUAUACUAUAAAUGUUUAAAGUUCUUUAGCUAACAAUCCUAUCUUUACCUUACGCUGAGUUUCAAACUCAACUGAAUAGAAUGUUUUAUUUUUAUACCCAACACAUGUAUUCACCUAAGUAACUAAUACAAACGAAAAUAUGAAUGAACUGGUUCUGCUUAGACACAUUUCCACCAUGACCUAGUUAAAGGAACACUGUAGGCUCUAUAACAACGUCAUCUUAUCUACCACCCAAAAAACUUUUUUUUUCACAAAAUAGAAUGCUUGGAAAGGUGACUUCAAGAUGUGCCUCCAAGCCUUCUGGGUAUGAGAGUAAAGAAUAUUACUUCCCGACUCUCAUACCAUAACAUACCGCCAUAAAGAAUAAUUGUAUUCAAUGAUUAGGCAUACGCCUAAGGUCCCCAAUGAUCCUCCAUGAUCAUGCUACUCGAGAAAGAGGUCACGGGAGUGUAGUGUUAGGAGUUCAGAUAUGUAUUCGUAACACAGCAGUGUUCAUUUAAGUGUUCUCAAUCCAUAGUAUUUUACUAAGGCCUCGAUUCGAUAUUGUGGAAUAAGUUUUAUCAAAUAAUUUUAAUAUUUUAGGAUAAGCUUUUAAUUUUUCCCUUCCAAAAUAUUACAAAUAAUUUUUUUUAAAUCAAUAUAUUAAAACUAUGAAAAUAUUGACUUAUUCAAAUAUUUUUCAAAAUAUGAUAUCUGAGAAACAUAUCCCAAAAAUAUAAAAUCUAGGCGUAAGCUCUGUAUACUUCAACAGCCAAAUGCCUAUAAAAGUAAAGUUUGCUUCUGCAACCAAACUUUUAAUUAGACAAUGCUUCGUCUAUAACAUGGUAGACACAGAUACUGUUUACUCUAAUAUUAUUAAUUAAAGAAUGCCAGAUUAAAAUCAUCUUCAAGGACCUAUGAUCUUUGCAUUUUGUCAGACAGACCUUGUGAAUUAUUUACUAUUUAUAUUGAAAUAAAAAUCACUGUGUAGUGAUUGGACAGCCACAGAAAGUCUGGGCGGGGUUAGUAGGGGAGGGCUUGCAAAGGCUGCAGACAAGGGAUCUGCAGCUUUUUCAAACUGUUUUUAGAUAUACCUGCAAUGACAAUUACAUAAUCAAUUACAUGCAUGUUUUUAUUGAACUAUAUCUACUAAAUAGUUAUUUUUCUUUUCUUAUGUAUUUACGAAGUGGAGUGUUCCUUUAAAUAAUUGAUUUAAUUUCAGCGAGCACACAAAUCCCUCAUGUUGCCAGCCAACACUUUAAAAUCCUGCCGAACAGGGUUAUUGUCGAAAGUUAGGGCUGCCAGGAGUUCAAAAUUAAUUUUACAUUUUAAGGUCAAAAUAACUCAAAUGGAAACAUUCUCGAAGUCAGCUAUGACUACUUAAGCCUUUAAUUUGAAAUUUACUUUGAAUUGCCAACAACUCUUUUUCUUUUGUGAAUAAAUCCGUGGCUGUCCUGCAAUAACCGUGCAUUCUGGUAAUUCAAGUAUAAAUUAAUGAGUAACUUUUCCUGAUACACACACACACACACACACACACGUAUACGUUUUCUCUAGCCUUUGACAAACAUAACAUGAGCGACUUCUGUUUGAGCCGAGUUGUCUCCUGGCCUUGAAUUAUUAUAAUUACUUUUGGAAUUAAAAUAUCCUGAUAGAAUACUUGUAUUGCAUGAAAAAAAAUCUCAUAAAAACAAUUAAAAUACAAUGACCUUUUAUUUACUGAAUAAUCCCAAAUAUGUCUGUUAGAAAGAAGUUGUCUGUACAAGUGAUACAUUAUUACGUCCUUUUGCAGAUGUACAACACUUACCCCAGCAUCCUAAAGUGGCUUCCGGGUGAACAUAAUAAAAUCUUCCAAAAUGCGUCGGAUCUGCAAGGAUUCCUGAACACACUACUAGAGAACCACAAACUGACACGUGACCCCAACUGUCCUGGGGAUUUUGUGGACGCAUUCCUAAAUAAAAUAGAUGAGGUAUAAUGCUUGCUAUUUGUGCAUAUAUUUUAAAAAAUGGGGUUAACUCCCUGUGCAGCGUCAGUAUAAGCCACAAAGCUUCAGGACACAUGCAACAGGAGUUCAUUUGUAUGUGCCGUUAUGUUACUAAGUACACAGAAAUUCCAUAUGUUGUUCGGCUGUUCUUUUGGGUGGUGCAUGAAAAGUGUUGCCCCUCAUAUGUGAAAAUGGGAAUAAUCGCCAGUGUAGCUGCUGUGAUACGGGACAAGAGAACCGCCUGUUUAUGGCACUGUCUUGCUCUCUGCUGUUUCUCGUGGGGUUUAAUCACUAAAGAGGGAACUGUGCUAAACUCAAAACUGAACUGCAAAACUUGCCAAAUUAACCAAAAUUUAAAAAUAGCCAACUUUAAUUUUGUCUGUGCUUCUAUUUUGGCAAAUUGUACCUUGGUUUUCAAUUUACCUGUUUAAUAAAUAAACUAUUAAAAGUCUUAAAGUUUAAAAAAAAUGAAAAUAAUUAUCUUCAGAUUAAUAAAAAAAAAAGCAGGUUAUUGGAUGAAUCAUGAUUUGUGGGUAUAAGGGUUUUCCUGCUUUUAUGCAAAAAUAUCCUGCUAAAAAAACUUUCAACUCAUCUUUUAGCCAAAAAUGUACUUACUUAGUCACUUCUUAACUAAUGUUAGUUUAGUAAAUAGGCUCUAGAACCAUAGACGAUCAAGGGAUGUAAUAACUGUUACUUACAUGAUUUGUUUCCAUCUUUAGGAAGCUGGCAACCCUGAUUCCCAUUUUACGAUGGAGAGCCUGGUAUAUACAACCUUUAACCUGUUUAUUGCUGGGACCGAAACAACGGCCUCUACAAUCCGCUGGGCGCUGAGGUUAAUGCUGCUGUAUCCAGAAAUUCAAAGUAAGUAUGGAAGAGUUCCCAUGUUGUGAACUACGUCUCCCAUAAUGCUGUUACAGCGAUAAUGAUGGCACAGCAUCAAGAGAAAUGUAGUCCACAACAUCUGAAGUGCUGACCGUUGCAUACCCCUGCUCUGCAUCACCAGCCUUGAGUACUCCAGGAAGUAGUUUGGUCAAUUAGGAGUUUCUUUCUCUGGUCAAUAGUCUUAACUGUUGGACAUGUUUAACAUAGCACUGCAAGGAUUAAAGUGUAGGGAGAAGUGGGUGAUUAGGAAAUUUAAAAGUGAAAAUCUGCACAUUUGCUUAGAGCAAGGGUUUCUGGGAAGCUGUUAACCGAACUACAAGUUCCAGAAAACUUUUUUUGUGCUUCCUACAAAUGUACAACUGUGUUAUUGGACACAGCAGGUUAGGAGAGAGGAACAGAAAGCAUAACAAUUGGGUAUUUUAGAAAGGGGGCCGUGGAAAGCAGGGUUUGUCAAAACAUUUUGUUUUCUAAAAACUAUGCAAAACUGUUUGUGCAAAAAUACAGCUCAUAAGCCCUUUCAACAUCACUCUCCCCUUUUAAAAAAAACUUUUUUAGGUUCUAUAUCUGAGUAAAUACCAAGAAAUAAUUUGGUUCAUAUACUUGUGGAAGAAUUUGUUAAUUUCCGUAGUGUCUCUCUAGGUCUACUGUCCUACUAUCAUACAAGUUCUCCAUGUCUUCAUACAACAUUAAUGUAGAUGUAGCAAAUAAAAGUCAAUAAAACGCACCAUAUGCAAGUCAACUAAAGGCAAAAUCUGUAAUGUUUCCAGAAUGGACACUCGUACAAAAACAUGCAAGAUACGAUUCUCCUGAGGAUACAUUACCUUACACAGGUCUGGUUAAAAGGGCGAUCAAAGCACCAUAACAAAAUCCAUCCUAUUCGAGUUAUGGUGCUUGUAGGUUGUUGGUGCCAUCCUCCAUCGAUUCUGGGUCAGUUAGUCUUCAGGCAGUUUGACAAAAACUGCGAUUCUCCAAGGUGACCUCAGCCAAGUUCUUGCUCCUUUAAAGAGCAUUUAGAAGAGAUAGGUGUUGGGAGUGUUGCUGUUAGAAGUUAUACUGUAGCUGUAGACCCACUCCAGCUGAGCCCACUCUAGAACCAUUGAUUUGUCUUUCUAGUUUUCCCUCGUUUCCUUAUUCCUCUCCUUGCAAUCUAGUUUAUUUGCUUACAUACGAUAUAUCAGAUUACAUCAUUGCUAUGUUAUUUUGUUGCAGAGAAAGUUCAGAAUGAAAUUGACAGUGUCCUGGGGUCAGAGAAAUGCCCUUCCUUGGAGGAUCGAGUGCAUCUUCCGUACACCGAUGCUGUGCUCCACGAAGUACAGAGGUUUGCCAGUAUCGUGCCCAACGGCCUCCCCCAUGAGGCUCUGACUGAUAUCAGUUUCAAAGGAUAUACCAUUCCAAAGGUAUCCCUCAUCCUGUGUGCAAUACAAAAAUCAAUGAAAAAAAUAUAUAUAUUUCGUCUACAAAUAUGAUAUUUCACAGCAAAAUAAAACCAAGUGUCUGAUCACCAGCGUUUUUAAUGUGACAGUGGCAAACCAAGUUGGCACAGAGACCAAAUCAAUUUGGAGAACUUGCAUCCAUUAACAUUUGGGUAUUGCCACUCUGCGCACCAUUCUGUUUGACGUUGUAGUUUAUUGGCCAGUGGAGCACCACGCGUUUUCCCAAACAGCUCAGUUAAACAAUAGUUGCAUGGGAUUUCUAAGAUAGUUAUAUGAUGGGAUGUAUUGAAUGAUAAAGACUUAAAAAAGUAAAAAAAAUAUUUGUGUCAUCUCUUCACAGGGCACUCAGAUCGUCACCUUCCUGCACUCUGCCCUGUACGACAAAAAAUACUUUGAAAACCCUGACCUGUUUAAUCCUGACCGAUUUCUGAAUGAAAAUGGCAAAUUCGUAAAAAACGAGGCUCUACUCGUCUUUGGAGCAGGUAAAAGCAUUCAUCUUUUUCGGCUGACAAUCUGCGUGUAAUGAAAUUGGAUUUAAACUGAGAGCUUUAGUUCUUUAAAAACGAUUCUGUUAUCACAAGUAGUUGUAAAUUUGCAAAGCUUACAUGGACUUAAUGAUAAAUUGAGUUUUUGUCAUAUCUUAUUUUUUUAUUUUUUUUUAUUGUAACGAACAUGUCUGAUGCAAACUUUUUUUAGACAAUCUAUUUGAGAAAAUUCAGUGGGUCUGUAUAGGAUAGUAACAUAGGGCUAGUACGCACAAGGUUAAGUGCCAUUCAUCUUCCCCCUCUCCCUGAUAUCUCCUGACUGCCAAGCAUUACUUUCUGUUAAUUGACUAAUUGAUUUGUAAUAUAUUUAUAUAAUGUGUAUUUAUUCUUUGUCUCAGGUAAAAGACAGUGCAUUGGAGAAUCGCUCGCAAAAACAGAAAUCUUCAUUUUCUUCAUCAGUCUUCUGCAGAAAUUCAAUCUGAAAUACCCUCCAGGAGAGGACAGCCCUCUGGAACUGGAUGGUGGAGGAACACGUGCUCCAAAACCGUACAAUUUAUGUGCUGAAUGGCGUAUUUAAAAGGACACUCUGAGUACUAAAACAACUUUAAAGCUUUCUAGGUUUUGACCUAUUUAAUAUGCUGUAUUUUUGUAUGCUCAAAUAUGGUUAGUGUAUUUUAAAAUGAAAUAAAUGUAUUGCACUAUAAGCCUACCCCCUUAGCCACUUUACCCAUUCUGACAUACAUCCUGCCUUAUCCCAAUAGCUUGGCCAGGGAGACCAGCAGCCUGUGUGACCAGAAGAGGACACACAGACAGACAUGCAGUAAGCAUAUCUCUACAUGUCAGUCUGUCCCACAUUUGCCCCCCUGUGUGUUGGUACUAAUCAGAGCAUUCAUUGGCUAGUGUCCUUUUGCAAAAUGCUAUGAAAGCACUGUUCAGAACACCGUGUAUAGAUGCAAUGGCAAACUAAUGCAUCAGUUAUACUCAUACAUUGUUUGCCUCCCUGUACAGCUACCCCUGUUUUUUUCUUGCCUGUUAGAUAAGUGAAACAUAUUGCAGGUAAGAGAGAUGAUCAAGGCAUAGCACCGGAUCUCCCUGUCUGUGGGGGCAGGGGGGAAUAGGGGUGUCAGGGAUCGCUGUCUGUAGCGGGAGGGUGGAGGAUCCAGUGAUCCUAUGUGUAUGUUUACGAAUUCAACAAGUACUACAUAUAGUAUGGAUUUUGAAUUAAGCCAAAAUAGCACUAGAUGUGUCUAUGAAUUAAACAGGCGCAGGUUUUUAUGAAUUAAUGGACCACUAUAGGCACACAGACCACUUCAACUCAAUGAAGUGGUCUGGGUGCCAGGCCCCUCUAAUUUUAACCCUGCAGCUGAAAACAUAGAAGUUUCAGAGGAAAUGGUAUGUUUUCACUGAGGGUUAAUCCAUCCUCUAGUGGCUGUCUCACUGACAGCCGCUAGAGGCGCUUCCGCGAUUCUCACUGUGAAAAUCACAGUGACAAGACGCUGACGUCCAUAGGAAAGCAUUGAGAAAUGCUUUCCUAUGGGUGGUUUGAAUGCGUGCGCGGCUCCAGCUGUGCAUGCGCAUUCUGUGCUGAAGUCGGCAGAAGGAGGAGAGUUCCCCAGCGCCGAGGGAGCCGGCGCUGGAGAAAGGUAAGUGGCUGAAGGGGUUUUAACCCCUUCAGCCCAGCAGGUGGGGGGCCAUGAGGAUGGGGGGUGACAUAAUAACCCUAUUGUGCCAGGAAAGCAAGUUUAUUUUCCUGGCACUAUAGUGGUCCUUUAAGCUAAUAUUAUGUAAAGUGUAUUUAAAAGGACAAUUUUAACCAUUUUAUCUUUUUGUCUGAUUGAGUUGGUUAUAGUGUCUGGAGUCUUCUGACACAUUCAGUGUUAAACCAUUAUCGAGUAGUGUAACUCGAACUGGCCAACUCACAGCCCUGCCCCGACCCUCACAGAGGUAUGGCUAAUGCAGAGAUUACACACUUCCUUAUAACCAUACCAGAUCAUACCAACAAUGGGUGCUUUGAUUGGCGAAAAGUAGUCAGCUGACAUUCUCAUUCAAUCACAGCAGUCCUCUGCUGCUCAGGUUGGGAACUUCGCAUUAAAAUAUUAACAAUGAUUUAACAAUGAAUAGAAGGACAACGCCAGGGGACUUCAGACACUGUAACAGCUUACGUGUCCUUUUAAGAACUGAGCCAAUAUUGCAUAGUUUUGUUUUUUUUUAAAAAGCAACACUAGUACUAAAAUGUAUUACAUGAAAUGUGUAUAUACAUUAAAGUAUUUUUUUUAUGUAUUUUUUGCACGAAACCCACACUAGUUCAGUCACGUGUACUUCUAAAAGCCAAAGUGGUCAUGGGGUUGGAGUAACUCUUUAAAGUGGAAAUUACAUUAAUGACGUUAUUUGUAAAUUAUACAAAAUACAUUUUCUACUUACUGCCAUAAUCACUUUUUUAUAUCUCUUUUUUUAAAUUUAAACUUAAUGUUUGUUUUAAUAAUAAAAACAUAACAGACAAAAA